AUGACCGAAUUUUUAAAACAUUUACUAUUGCUAAUUUCUACAACGAUAAAACAUUAUUUUAAUGGACCACCUAGACCUUCAUGGAAUUUACAAGGUCACAUAUUUUGGGCAAAGUUUAUAUCUUUAUUCGUAAGUAACAAAACAAUUGAGGAAAUGCAAAGAGCUAGCUUUAGUUUUCGUCCUGCUCCUGUACAAGCUGGCGUGGUGAUAAAUGAAUUUAAGAUAGAUAAUAAAUAUAGAAACGAAGCUCAAGUUCAUCUUGACAAGAUUUUGAAACCAUACGAACAUGUCUUAGAUCCUGAAUGGAAAAAUUUGAAAGAUGAUGGAAUUAUUUCUGAAUGGGUUCAAUUCCCUAAUGACGAAUGGGAAAAAAGAGAAAUCAGGAAGACUAUUCUGUAUUUACAUGGUGGAGGUUAUUACUUUUUCACUAAAGAAACUUAUCAUUGUAUUACAAGUUCUCUUGCCAAAAUUGCAAAUGCAAGAGUUUUAGCAAUAAACUAUCGGCUUGCACCUCAAAAUCAAUUUCCCGCCGCAUUACAAGAUACAUUAGCUGCUUAUUUAUAUCUCUUAAAUCCUCCCAAAGAUGCGGGAUUUGAACCUUUAAAUCCAAAAAAUAUUGUAAUAGCCGGCGAUAGUUCUGGAGGUGGUUUAAGUUUAGCUCUCGGUCUUGCUAUACGUGAUGUUUGCGAUGCUGGUUUGCCAUCAUGCGCUGGAAUUAUCGGCUUGAGCCCAUGGGUUGAUCUUACAGUUAGCACGCCUUCAAUAUUAGAUGAUGAAUGUGCUGAUUAUAUUCCAAAUGUAACAAGAGGUACCGCUGCUUUUUACGCAGAAUCUCAGGCUAGUAAAGAAUUUAAAAAAAAAGAUGCAGCAUUCGCAGCGAAGAUUAAGAACCAGAAUAUUGGUCCCAAAAUUUGGCAUGAUUCUUUUGAUAGACCUGAGGGAAGACUACAAUUAUAUGUAAAUAAUAAAGGGCUAGCAAUUCCAUAUGUUAGUCCAAUGUUAGCCGAAAGCUUAGGCAAUUUGCCUCCUUUAUUAUUGGUAGCAGGAAAUGAGGAAAGACUACGAGAUGAAACAAUUUACUUAGCUCAUAGAUCUGCUGAGCCAGCUAAAUAUAAGGGUCCAUCAUAUAAUGCCGGUAAAUUUGAAAAAUCUCCAUUCCAAACUCCGACAAAUACCACAUUCGAAAUAUAUGAAGAAAUGCCUCAUGACUUUCAAUUUGUGGAUUAUGCUUGCACUAAAAUGUCAUAUGAACGUAUGUCUGAAUUCGUAAAUAGAGUAACAAAUAUUCUUAACGAACCGCUUCCUCCUUCCUCUUAUAAUUACAUAAACAUUAAGGGAGAACUUAGUCCUUUAAAAGAACGUCAUAAAAAAGUUCUCAAUUGGGAAAAUAUUGGUAUUGUACCAAGUAGUGCUGCAUAA